AUAAAUGAACACCGCACACAGCCUCAUAUCCCCUCUGUGGAAUGUCGUGCCAUGCUGUUUCGUUCUCUGGAUGUCUGGAGUGUGCGAGUGUGAUCUGGCUGAAAAAGAGGUCAUCUGCGAGUGGGUCUUUAACCUCAAGUGACAUAUGGUCACUGACUAUACUCUAUCUGAGCAGUCAUUAAAUACAACUGAGAAUGAAGGUAGGCUGUGUGUGAGGAAACAGAUCAGGUCAGGCCAGAUCAAACUGGAUUGGAGGAGCCAUGGGUUUGCAGAAGCUUCUGAGUUUUGGCAAGCAGCUGCUGCGGGUGAAAGUGGUGGAUUGCAGCUUGGAAGACUCUCGUCUCUCACGAUGUCUUAACACAUUUGACCUAGUGGCUCUGGGAGUGGGCAGCACUCUGGGUGCUGGGGUGUACGUCCUCGCCGGCGCAGUGGCACGGGAGAAUGCGGGGCCUGCCAUAGUGCUGUCCUUCCUCAUCGCUGCCAUGGCAUCAGUGCUUGCUGGCCUUUGCUAUGCUGAGUUCGGGGCACGAGUACCCAAGACAGGCUCAGCGUAUCUAUACAGCUACGUGACAGUGGGGGAGCUCUGGGCCUUCAUCACUGGCUGGAAUCUGAUCCUCUCUUAUAUCAUAGGCACAUCCAGUGUAGCUCGUGCCUGGAGUGCCACAUUUGAUGAGCUGAUCGGCAAACAAAUUGAGUUGUUCUGUCGUCAGUACAUGAGCAUGAAGGUCCCAGGUGUGUUGGCUGAGUACCCGGAUAUGUUCGCAGUGGCCAUCAUUCUGUGUCUCACAGGCUUGCUGGCCUUUGGAGUGAAGGAGUCAGCCACUGUCAAUAAGGUUUUCACCUGCAUCAAUGUCCUGGUGCUGCUGUUCAUGGUGGUAUCAGGCCUGGUCAAAGGCACACUCAAGAACUGGCAACUGAAUCCUGAUGAGAUUCUCAAUGCCACCAACUCCUCAGGCUUCAAUACAACAGAGUCCAAGGAGUUAGCUGAGAGCUUGGGAAUGGGUGGAUUUUUCCCAUUUGGCUUCACCGGAGCCCUCUCUGGAGCUGCUACCUGCUUCUAUGCCUUUGUUGGGUUUGACUGCAUUGCCACAACAGGUGAGGAGGUGAAGAAUCCUCAGAGGGCCAUCCCCAUCGGCAUCGUCUCCUCUCUCCUCAUCUGUUUCGUCGCCUACUUUGGUGUUUCAGCUGCUCUCACUAUGAUGAUGCCGUACUAUAUGCUGGAUAGGAAAAGCCCAAUUCCUGUGGCCUUUAAAUAUGUAGGCUGGGAGGGAGCCACCUACGCAGUGGCUGUAGGCUCUCUGUGUGCCCUCUCCACCAGCCUGAUUGGUACCAUGUUCCCAACGCCUCGGGUCUUGUGGGCGAUGGCAGAUGACGGGCUCAUCUUCAAAUACAUGGCUGAAAUCAACCCGAAAACAAAAACUCCCUUACGUGCUACUCUAACAUCUGGCUUUUUGGCGGCUGUCAUGGCGUUCCUGUUUGACCUAAAGGAUCUGGUUGAUCUUAUGUCUAUCGGCACGCUCCUGGCUUACACUUUGGUUGCUGCAUGUGUGCUGGUGCUCAGGUAUCAACCAGAUCAGCCGACUCAGGGCUACCAGAUGGCAAGCACACACGAGGAGCUGGAGAUGAGAGAAUCCUUUAGUACUACGAGUAUGGGCAUUCUGCCUGGCAUGGAGGAGAGAUUCAGUUUCAAAACGCUGCUUUUCCCUAUCAACACAGAGCCGUCUGGCCUUUCUGGCUCUGCCGUCAAUGUCUGCGCAAGCCUGCUUGGUUUCCUUAUCCUGGCUUUCUGCAUCGUGGCUGUGCAGGGUGGUACUGCCAGCUGGAGCAUAGCAACCCUCACUGUGAUUGCCAUGGUUUGUCUCCUUCUCACUUUCAUCAUCUGGAGGCAGCCGGAGAGUAAAAGCAAGCUCUCGUUUAAGGUGCCUCUGUUACCCUUCCUCCCUGUGGUUAGCAUGUUUGUUAAUGUUUAUCUGAUGAUGCAGCUGGACAGGGGGACCUGGAUACGCUUCUCUGUGUGGAUGUUAAUUGGCUUUAUUAUCUACUUUGGCUAUGGAAUAUGGCACAGCUCAGAAGGUGCUCUGACUCAUUCCAGUCCAGACGAAGAGCCUGAUGUGUGUAAAUCCACCAGUACUCCCCGGGAUGCCAUGUCCCCUGAAAAAGAGGCGUUCCUCUACACCAGACAGGAGGAUGGCGAUGAUGAAGACGGUGAGAUAUGAUAUUGAGGAUCAGAUGAGCUUCAGUACUGCCUGCUUGACCUUCUCUCUGAACCGCAACACUCAGGGCCGCUGAUGAGCACAAACUAUUAUCAGACUGAGCAUGAGGAGAUGCAGCAUUGUGGUUGAUUUAGAUAACUCACUUCCUCAUGAGAGGCUGAGAGCCCUGUUGUUGGAUAGUGAUUUUUGGGAUUCUAAUUUUCAACCAAAAAAGAAACAAGAACAGUUAAAGGACAUUUUGUCCGAAGGCAACUUAGAAAUUGUUGUUAGGUUCAGUUAUGUACUGAGUGUCCAGUUCAAGACAGUGACCACUGUGUUCUCUGAUGGCAGCCUUCAUCAUCUGAUUGCACAUUUACAAAAUUACACACGUUACAACUGAAUUAGAAUGUUACAUACACACAAGUGUCGCAACCAAAUCAGGGACACUUUGCCUUCCUUGGACCUCUAUUUAAUAGUUUAGUUUGUUUAAUAAUGAAAUCUACUUCACACAUGGCUUAGUGUUCCUUGUUUAAUAUUCUGUUUAAGACCACACUCGGUUUCUGAAACGUUAUCUGCUAGCCUUAGCUGCUCUGAUCCAGAUUUAGUACAACAGGUAUUUUUAGAAAGCCCUCGCUACCUUUUAUUGGUAGUGCCACCUGGUGGAGUGGUAUUGAACACAAAUGGAAGAUUGAUGCUCUUUACAGACUUAUUUGCCUCAUGUAGAGUUUUUGAGGCUGCUAAUUUAAAUAGUCAUCUCAAGAAUAUUUGAACAGAGUUUGUAGGACUAAAACCUUUUAGGUCAGGCUUGGGUAAUAGAAACUUCUCCAUAAGCUGCUGAUUAUUGUUGAAGAUAUUAAUAAGAUUAAUCAUGAUAAAUGAGGAUAUGGCAGACAUUGACAUAAUUUUUCCCCUGUGGUAAACUCCUGUGGUUUCCUAACACAGAUAAAUUAAGUGCCUUACAUAGAUUCCAAAGAUUAAAAGAUUAAACAAAGUAUGUGUGAUAACAUGCAUCAGGUAAUCUACGAUCUACAGUUACAAAUGACUUCAAAUUUAUAAAAAUUAGUAUCAGUCAUGUAAUAACCACAUCACCUGUAAUAUUAUAACCACAUUCACCUGACAUUACCCCACACUGAAAAGGCCACAGAUUUCAUUAGUCGUAAUUAAGCCCAGUAAAGAAUUGCAUGUGGUAUUAUAAUUAAGGAAUAAAACUUAAUUGGGUGGUGUAAUGAACGACAUCCUAAUGAAGCAUAUCCCAAAGUGUUUUAUUCCUCUUAUACCACAGUAAUUUUCCAACAACUACAUUUAUUAAAGAAUGACACCUAAUACUAAUCGAUAUAUUUAUAGAUACAUUUGAUGUUGUAGAAUAUCUGCAAAACAACUCAUAUUAGAUGCAGUCUUCCACCAGCUGAGCUGUGAGUGGAAUUCAGGUUUCUUAACCAGAGUUAUUGAAUUAUUUUUCCCUUGUAGAGAACAACUAGAUUUAUAGUAAUCUUACAGCCCAUUGAGUGUGUACAUGUUUCUUGGUUUAAAUCAUGUAAUGCUGUUUACACCUCACUGUUCUUUUUUGUCAUGUUAGAACAGAGUAUUUGUUUUUUGUUUUUUGGACCAUUUCUGCUGUUUUGUUUGUGUACUAUAAAAUCCUGAAAUAGUUGAGAUGUGCUGUAGCUCAAAUCACUGUACCUUGUACCAUAUACAGUACCUUUGGUACUGUAAAUAAAAUUAUGUUAGCUAUA